AUGUCCAAGAACCCGAACGCGUCGAACCCGUCCGCGUUCCUCAAGAACGUGCUCGGCCGCCCGGUCGUGGUCAAGCUCAACUCGGGCGUCGACUACCGCGGCGUUCUCGCGUGCCUCGACGGCUUCAUGAACAUUGCGAUGGAGCAGACGGAGGAGUACCACAAUGGCCAGCUCAAGGCUAAGUACGGCGACGCCUUCAUCCGCGGCAACAACGUGCUCUAUAUUAGCACGCUGAAGAGAAAGCCCGCGUGA